GUAAACAAACGCAGCCGCGGGUUUCCGAAGCUGUGUAAUGCUAGAAUAUAUAAGGUGAGCUUGUCUCAUCUUGUCCCGUGUGGCGGGAGAGUCCGCUGCAGCGGCCUCUCUGCCUCUGAUCGCUGGCUGUAAGGUCCGCGCAGUGAGAAGUGGCGGGCUGAGCCACGAUUCAAACGGAGACACCGAACCGUCCAGGAGAACAGCGCCCUGACACAGAUGGAGCCUUUCCUGGGUUCAGUGCUGAACCCCGAUCUGAGCUCUGUCCUGUCAUCCUGUGAGCCGGAGCUGCAGGAGCUCAUGAGGCAGAUCGACAUCAUGAUCAACCAUCAGAAGAGAGAGUGGGAGGCUGAGAGAGGCUCCCUGGAGCACAGGCUGAAAUGUGGAGAAGGGGAGCUCUCAACCCUGAGGAGCGUUGUUGCAGGCAGGGACCUGGAGAUUGGAUUGCUUCACAAGCAGAGAGAAGAUGCCGAGGCAAAUCGACAGGAAAUAGCUACCAAGUACGAACAACAGUUGCAGAAGGUCCGGGAGGAGUUGGAUAAACUGAAGAAAAGUUACCUCAAGCUUCAGCGCAAACAGCUCAAGGAGGCAAGUGGAGCAGCAAAGGAGACAGACCUCUCAAAGUUGCAGGAAUACCACCAGCGGUCCCUGGCGUGGGAGCAACAACGUGUCCAGUACCAAGAACAGCUGAGGCAUCUGGAGGCUCAGAAUAAAAACCUGAGUGAAGAGCUCUCAGAAGCAAAAUCUCAGUGUGCGUCAUGCCAGGUGGAGAGGGAGCACAGGGACUGCUGUUUGGAGACGCAACGUCUGCGUGCGAAGCUGGAGGAGGCUCAGGGCAGAAUACACUCACAGGAGCUCCAGCUGGAGCGCCUUCGACCUCUGGAGACCUGCCUGGGCCAGUACGAGCGGGGGCAGCAGCUGCUUUCCAAGGAACGCGAGGAGCUGCACGCCACACUGCACUCCCAGGAUUCAUUUGUGCAGCGGACCAGUCUGGAGAGUCAGAGGCUUCACAAUGAAACCACCAGACUGAACCAGAUGCUGCAGGCUAAAGACCAAGUCAUUCGCUCUUUGGAGGAUUGCCUGGCAGUUCAGGGCUGCUCCGGUGUGGAGACCCUCCGACGAGAUCUGGAGAAGACGUUGGCCAAGCUCCACGGCGCCCAGAUGUGUGAGGUGCAUCUCAAGGCCGAGGUGGCGUGUCUCAGAGAGAGGCUUGAAAAGGUCAGCAGACAGAAAGGAGCUCUGUCAGCGACAGAAGUGCAGCUGAAGAACCUGAAAGCAGAACACUCCUCUUCUCUAGCAGAAGUGAAAAAGCUCAGGGAGGAGCUUCAGAGGGCCGAGCGGACUCACAGCGGUGAGGUUGAAGGGAUGAAGAAGGAGGUGUCGAAGCUGGCCGGCGAGCUUCACCAGCGCAACCUCACCAUCAGCGCGCUGCACAGUUCCUCGUCUGGAGUCAAACAGCAGCUCAGCGAGGAGGCGGAGCGAGCGGAGCAGAGGGCGGCUGAGCUCAGAAAGACUCGAGCACAGCUGGGAACUCUGCAAACUGAGAACCAGCACCUGAAAGGUCUGCUGCAGAAACUGCAUAAGGGAGGGGAUCCCUCGCUGGAGGAGAGCUACGUCUGCUCUCUGAGCGGCCUCGAGCAGGAGAACCUGCAACUGAGGCAGGCGCUCAGUCACAUGCGCUCACAGCUCUCGCACCAGGACAAGCUCUCUGAGCGAGCUCUCGUCAGCCAUGCCACCGCAGACCGGCUGGAGCCUGCUCAGGACCGGUUCCAGGAGGAAGUGCAGCGCAGUCGGGAUCAGACACAAGAGCCAAACCCUGGUUAUGAGGGGAAGAUCCAGAGGCUGUUCAAAGAGCUUCAAACCGUGACCGAGUCCUCCGCAGACCAACCUGGCAACCUGGACAGCCGGCCGCCGUCGUCCUCUUCCUCCUCAUCCUCCAGCAGCAGCAAACGACUGUCCAGGGCGAUAUCUGUGCAGUCUUCGCUCGCACAUGAAUCUGCUGCUGCGGGACAAAGUAGAAGCUCCAGAGCCUCUCCGCACUCACCCUCCACAGAGCAGGAGGCUCUGCCUGCAUCCCCAGCACACAGCACAGUCUCCCGUUUCCUGGAGGAGGAGAGCCUGCGCUGCACAGAGCUGCAGCACAGACUGGACAGCCACAUCCAGGGCCUGCGAGAGAGCAGCGUCAGGACCAUGUCCAAGUACCUGCCCAGUGCGGCAGGGCCUCAGCCUGCUCAGACUUCAGGGCAGAGCAGUCAGUGAUCCUGUUCUCACGUUUCCACUUCGCUGUCCAGGAUAACAACAACGGGCUCAUGAUUAAACUUCGGGAGUUGAAGUUCUGUUUUUUUUUUUUUUUUUUAGCAUUUGCACAUUUGCAAUCAGGUUGUACAAAUUUGACUUCACCAAAGUGUUUCUUAAUAGUUUGCCUCAUGAAACGCUAAAAAAAAAAAUCGAAAUAAAGACAAAAAAACAGGUAACUGUCUGUCCAGAAGGAGUGACUGAGAGUAUCCCGGUAAAUCUGGUCAAAUGCAACAACUUUUGAUUAUCCCAUUAAAAAAAAAACUACUAAAAACAGAGAGAUAUAGAAGAAACUUACAUCAAUAAACCAAUCACAGAUUUUGUAUUGUGGACUUCAGCUCUGGACAGCAAGACUGUGAGGCUGGUGUCAAAUUACAAGUCGUGCUGUGCAGGACUGUCCAGCAUUGGCCCACCCCUCAUGUUGGACAGUGUUGAUGUGAGGCUUCCUGAAGAGUUGGCAUUAGCUCUGUCCCCGGUGCCUGUUGUCCACGUUUACCGAUUCAAACCCGAGUCUUCAGAUGAGCUCGGUGCUCAGAGAAAGUCUUUUCUCAUAAAGCAGUGAAUCACCGCAUUCUUCUGUGUUUGUUUGAGUUACGAUAUUGAAUUUGGCCUCAGCAAUGUGUCAGACUUCUGACCUCAAGUGGCAUUUUUAUUCUUCUUUCUCCCAGAAAGCUGCAUGCUCCCAUUUUUCAGCCGGUCUGGUAUGCAUCGUGAGCACUAAAAAAGAACGUCUCUGCGAGCGAGACGACACCCGUCCUCCCCGCGCGUCUGUCGUAACCAGGAAAAUACCGCAUACAUGCGGUACGUCUCGUCUUUAAGGAGGGACGGCUCGCUCCGCGGCCCUCUUCUUUUCCCUCUUUAACUCCCAAACACCCCCAGCACCACCGCCGUCAGCGCCGCCCACCCUGCAGAGGCCCUCCAGCUUGUCUCGCACAGGAAUGCGCGCACCAUGCCAAUGCUGUCAUGAACCUUCCCCUGCGGCCGGCUUUGUCCUCAUCAUUAGAAAGCUGAUGGAAUGUUAAUAUCAACCAUGUGGAGGACCGAAGGGCCGAGCGGAGGGGGGUGUCGUUAGGUUUUUACUGCUUCCCUAAUGAAGGACACGCCGAUAGAAUGGAAAUAAAGUGAAAAACAAAUCUGGAGAAAAGUGUGUUUCUGAUUUUUGCCGUCACACUAAAAUAAUAACAAAGCUGAAGUAAUGCUCCGCUGCCUCCGAGUCCUCUGACUUCUCCCUCUGGUAUUUGGUAGCCUGUGCUACGAGCACUGUAAGCCCCAACAAACAGCACUGAGGAAUUUGGCAAGGCAGGCAUUCCUCUGGCUCUCUUUGGAGGGAGGUGAAAAGGUUUUUAUAUGUGGAGAUUCCUUGAAGGGGCCUUGUGAAAGGGAGGAGAGGGGCUGAUUCAAGUCCAGCGAGAGUUUGGAUGACUUUAUUUACCUAAUGAUCCCCAGAAAAACACACUUCAGCCC